AUGAAUGAUAGGAUGAAUCGAUCUAUCGACUGCAAUGUAGCAAGAGGCAUUCAAAUCGCACAGGCAUCCAAGCUGGUGUCAACGCAUUUUGACAGAACCAUCAUGUUUAUAGGCUUAUUGCUGAUGUCCUGGGUAAUUUCCUGGGAAAAGAACAUUACAAACACCAUCACAUCCACUGUCUCUAGUGUGUUUCAAGCAAACAACAUCUCAGGCAUCUUGGGCACAGUGCUUAGUAUACUACAAACAGCGUUACAACCCAUGUACUCUAAACUGUCAGACAUUACAGGAAGAGCUACGGCGUAUACAUUCUCUGUGUGCAUGUUUAUUGUCUCUUUCAUUAUCAUGGCAUGCGCUACCAAUUACAACAUGCUGAUUGGUGGACAAGUGAUAUAUUCCUUUGGUUAUUCGGGAGUGUACAUUCUAGGCCCCAUUCUCAUUGGAGAUUCAGUAGGUCUAGUUAAUCGAACCUUGAUUUUGGCCGUUUACAAUUUCCCCAUCAUCAUCAACUUGUUUGCUGGUGGCCUUGCUGCUCAGACAUUUAUCAAUUCAGGUCAAUGGCGCUGGGGAUACGGACACAUUUGCAUCGUCAUUUUUGUGGCUAGUUUUCCGCUUCUGACAGUACUCUGGAGUCUCCAAUGCAGAGCCAAGAAAUCAGGUCUAUUGAGAAAAGGGUCAACAAAGUCUAUCAAAGCAGCUAAUCCAGAGAGCAAAGAGAGCUUCUAUGACAAGACGGCCUGGCUUAUCAGCGAGAUUGAUCUUGUAGGCAGUUUAUUGCUUGUUGCCGGCUUGUUUUUGAUUCUUUUACCCCUUAUUCUGGCUACAUCUUGGGGCGGCUGGAACAGCAGUAGAGUCAUUGGGUGCUUGGUCUCGGGAGGCGUCACGUGGUUGCUGUUCGGCUACUGGGAGUGGAAGAUUGCCGUUAAACCGAUUAUUCCAUUGACACAUUGGGAGUCUAGAAACCCGUUUUGGGGAACACUGACCUUGUUUAUGAUUUGGACCAUCAACAGCAUGAUGGAUCUGCAGUACUUUUUGAGCUAUUUACAAGUGACAAAAAGAGUGUCGCCACUGAUUGCAUCUUAUCUGGAACGGGGUGAAAAUUGUGCCAAUGUCAUGUUGCCCAUAUUCAUAGGUUACUUUAUUCGUCGCACGCAACGAUGGCGCCCUUUUGUUUGGGUUGGUGCUUGUUUAGCUGUGUUGGGCCCUGGACUCAUGAUACCUGCAAGAAGGAUGAGCUCGCCUGAGGUGUUUAUUGUCAUGGCACAGAUCAUCUUUGGUGCCUCCUCUGCGUUUCUCAAUUAUCCUGUUCUCGUUGGUAUUCAAGGUUCGGUCCCGCAAAAAGAUGUUGCUAUCGUCACAGCAUUAUUUGAAGUAGGUGUCUCUGUUGCUGGCAGCAUAGGGUCUACCAUUGCUGGCGCUGUGUGGAACUCUGUCUUACCUAGAUUGAUACAAAAGUAUGUGCCUGGAAAUUACAAUGCCUUGACGAUAACAAAAAGCAUUCCGAAAAUUUUGGCUUUACCUGAAGAGCAAUACAAGGGUGUUGCAUUAGCGUAUGAUGAAGCCAUGCAUAUUCUAGGUAUCACUGCUGUGUGUAUUGGAGCACUGGCAUUUUUGUGCUCUACACAGCUCAAGGGAUACAUCCUGGAGAAUGUGGUGCCUGAGGAAGAGAUGGAGGCUGAGAAUGAGAGUGCAAAUACAGGUGAUCGCGAUGACGAAUCGAUGAUGGAGCAAAUCAUUGAUGAUGCUGCUACGUUAAAAGAAAAGCCGUUACAGCAGGCCAAACGGACCACUCCUUUGGAAGAUAAGUGCUAA